CAGCCGCCGCCUCAGGAAUCCGUGGCCGUGGCCGCACUGGUUUGCUCUGAUAUGCCGUUGUUUUCUUGGUUUCUUCAAUCAAUUCCGCUCGUUGGGAUGAUUACUCAUUUGUGCCUCCAUUAGGAAGGAAUUGAAGGGAUUAAGAUUCGAAUUUUGAGGGUUAGCGGGGGUUUUCAACAGUCGGGUGAACAGCACCACUCGCAAUUCACAGCCGCCUUUUUUUUCUCACUGGAGGAAGGCCGCCCGCCGCGAGCGGGGAAAGCCGCCAGAAGCAGCCGGCGACGGAGACAAUGGUGUCACAGCACGGGAUCCUGUACGCCGUCCAUCUCGUCACCGACCAGUUCGGCAAUCUCGUCGCGAAAGUCUGUGAAUGUCUCCUGCGCAACGGAGCAUUGCCCAUCCACGCCAUAGUUCGACGAACUGAGCUCCCUCCGGCUAAAGUCAAGAACAGCUUGCUCGUCUUAAUCCAGCACAACUGCGCGCAGGCUUUCAUCCUCGAAGAGAGCGUGUCUGGGGAGGAUGCUGGAGAACCAGGGAAAGCCCACACACAGUACAUAGCAUUGUUUGUCAACAUACUUCAUCGUGUGAGGUUUUCCAAGUUCCUGGAUGUGGUGUCAAAGGAACUCGGUGGCUCGUGUGGGGAACUCUUCAGAGGUUUGCUAGAACACGGAAGGCUCACAGUAAAGCAAAUAGUGGAUAGAGCUGAUGCAAAUGCCAAGGAGAGUACCAACACAGUGCAGGAAGACCUUCAUAAACUUGUGAUGGCCCAUUACGUUGAAUGUUGUCCUGCUCCUGAACCUUUAGUUCCCCCACCCGAUCCCGAUGCAAAGAAGCUUGCUAAAUCUUCAAAGGUAAUGGUGGAGUCAUUAACCCUAGAGCAGCGUGUUAUGGCUGUAGCAAUGCCUUCAUCGAUGAGAAGAUUUUCAUUUGUACCUAACACAGAUCAAAUAGCGGAUGACCAGCAAAAUGUGAAUCAGCCCCCGAAUAAAGAUGUUGGUCAAAAGCGCAAGCUUCAUGAUUUGGAGUCUGAUCCGGCACUUGAAGAAGAGGUUGAAUGUAAUUGGCGUGCAAAUUUUGAGGAAUUGCUUCGUCGUCUUCGACACAAGGCCUGUGUCGAUACCAUAAAAGCACGCUUCGAUGAUGUAGCUGCAACUGUUCUUAGUGCAAUGCUGGCGGCAUCUAGAGCUGAAGAGAACAAAGUCAAAACUGCAAACUCAGGACUUUUACAGUGCCGUUAUCGCUGGAUACCAUAUAUGAAGAAGUUGUCAAAAACGAAAAGAAUCACAGUAUGACUUUCGAUCAUGUCAGAACAUGCCUCGAAGAGUUGAGCUCUCCUCCAGCCUUUGUAAGAACGGACGAUGAAUCAUAUAGUAUAGAUUUCACUCAAAUCAUUGAAGCAGCUCAGAAUCAAGAGAUUGAGUCCAUAAUUUUGAAAAGAUAUGGAGAGGCAGCACAUAAAAUUUUCCGCUUACUCUUUGGAGUUGGCCGCCUCAUGGAAACAGAUAAGAUUGCUGAUACGAUAUUUGCCGAGAAGAAGGAGACAUCGAAAACGCUUUACAAAUUGUGGCAGGAUGGAUACUUGCUCGUGGAGAAAGUAAUGAUCGGUUUCUGGUCAAACAUCUGAAUCUUGUUCCUAGCUAUGGUGGUUCUUCGUACUUAUUGUGGAAAGUAAAUAAGCGGCUUCUUUGGGGGACAGUCGUGGAUGAAGCUGGACGACGCGAUUAUGCUCUUCCAUGAUUUCUAGUUUUAUCCAUUCUUUCAUUAUAGACCGAUUCUGUUACACAUUUUAGGUCUUCUAACUUGACAUAUAUGUAUAUAUAUCUAGAUCGCAUCUUAUAUUCUGUCAUCAUUUAGUUACUAGUAGCAUAUUUGAAUAGACUCUCAACUUGUAGUUCACCCCAGCAUAAUUUGCACUUAUUCAAUUGCUAGCUAUAUAUAUAUUGUAUACACUUGUAUCCUAAUUUCUAUAAUGUAUACACUUGUUCUUUUGGUUC